AUGGGGCUCUCCGCCGGUAGCCACCACCGUCGGCGAAGCUCCAUGCUCGCCGGGAUAGGGCGAGCUUCGCAGCCAGUUUCGACGGAGCGCAGAGAUGACAGCCUCUGGUCACAUGCAGAUGGAGGAAACCACAAGCGCGAAGAACAAGAGCCAUUGACGGCUGAAGAGGACACUGAUGCAUCCGAUCCGUCGUCCGCCGCAGAGAGUUUGGAGCUCGACUUGAUGAGUUCAGAUGAUGACCAAUAUGACGAAGAAACGGGACUCACCUCAAACCAGAAACGCCAGCGACAACGACGGAGGAACCAACGACGGAAGCUGGAUGCCCGAAUCGCGGAUACCAAGUCACGAGGAGACAUUGAUACAGACCGCAGCAUCGUCAAGAGAUUAGGGGUCAAUGCCGCUUUGAUUUUGAUGUGGUAUUUCUUCUCCCUGUCCAUUUCAAUAUACAAUAAAUGGAUGUUCUCCGAGAGCGAUGUCGUCUUUCCCUUUCCUCUUUUCACCACAAGCCUACACAUGCUUGUUCAAUUCACACUUUCCGUUAUAAUUCUAUGGAUCUUCCCGUCGCUCCGUCCACAACACCCCCCGGGGUCUGCAGCAACAUCCCCGGUGGAUGGCCCUGAAGAAAAGCAGCCGAUCCUGACCAAAUUCUUCUACUUUACCCGCCUCGUGCCAUGCGGUACGGCAACCUCGCUCGACAUUGGCCUCGGAAACAUGUCCUUGAAAUUCAUCUCUCUUACUUUCCUUACCAUGUGCAAAUCAUCUGCACUUGCCUUUGUUCUCCUAUUCGCCAUCCUCUUCCGCCUCGAAUCGCCGUCCGUCAAGUUGAUCUUGAUUAUCGCUACGAUGACAAUCGGUGUGGUGAUGAUGGUCGCCGGAGAGACUGCUUUCAAUGCGCUUGGUUUUGCACUUGUCAUUGCGUCUGCAUUCUUCUCGGGCUUCCGAUGGGGCUUGACACAAAUCCUUCUGCUCCGCCAUCCGGCCACUUCAAAUCCGUUUGCGACACUCUUCCUUCUCACUCCUGUCAUGUUCUUCUCUCUUAUAGUCAUUGCGCUAUCCGUAGAAGGUCCUGCUGAGAUCUACCAAGGAUAUCUCGUGCUCGCUGAAAAGCGCGGGCAAUUGUUAGGCUCUUUCCUCCUCAUUUUCCCUGGCGUGCUUGCAUUCUGCAUGAUCUCCUCGGAAUUUGCGUUGCUCAAGCGUUCUUCAGUUGUCACAUUGAGUAUUUGUGGUAUCUUCAAGGAGGUGGUCACAAUCAGCGCAGCGGGCAUUAUCUUCCACGAUAAGCUCACUGCGGUCAACUUGACCGGUUUGUUCGUGACUAUCAGCAGCAUUGCGGCAUACAACUACAUGAAGAUUUCAAAAAUGCGCAGCGAGGCACAGGAAGCGGAUUGGAGUCGCGAGUCGAGUCCAUUAUCCGAUACCGAAGAUGGCGACCACAGCAGCGGUGGCGAACGGCAACAGCAAGGAGACUAUCGUCGAGUUGCAAUCCAGGAUGCUGUCAUUGUCAGCCCUGCGCCAGGUGGCCACUUGAAUGAAGACCAAACCGCAUCGCUGACUGGCGACCAACAGCGCUCAUUCCGAGUGCGCGCAAGCGGCUCUAGACACACUAGACAUGCUCUCUCCAUUUCCACAUCUACCAUCCCCGAAGACGACGGGCCACCUUCUCCUCUCAGAUCCGCCCCUCCCACUAUCACCACAAUGGCCCAAGCGGGGUUCCCUCAUCUCCUACCCUCCAAUCGCGAGGGUUCACCGGAUGUUCAAUCAACCUCGUCCCUUUCGCCUGUACGGCAUUAA